AAAUGGUUUGGCUGCUUUCGAAACUUUACCAGAAAUAUGUAUAUUAUAUGCUGAAAUGGUUUACGCAUAUGCUUACUGGAAAAUGUGCAAUUGAGCGAAUACUGGAAAGCCAUGACUUAUCAGAUGGAGACAGAGCUCUGAAAGUGGAAAAGCAGUUAGUUCACUCAAAAUCGUCAAUUAAGAAUCUGGUUGAUAAUUUCGGAACCAUUGUUACUGGUUCAUUGAAGACUCUGGCAUCUUUGGGAGGCUCAACAGAAGUGUUUUCAAAAGAAGUUGCUAUCAAAAAUGUACAAAGUGUAAAGGUUUUUGCGUUUUCAUCUAAUAUAUUAAGACUGGAAUCUACAAUGGUUUUAAUUUGCGAUUACCGAAGUUUGAUUCGAGAAGUCGAAAAAUUGCGAAUUACAAAAUUUGACGAAUCCAAUGAUUCGCAUGUACGUAUGUUGAAAAACAUUUGGCGAAAUUUGAAGUUAGAAGAUAAUGGCGAUAAUGAGUUCACAAGGACUGGACCGCAUUGGAAGGAUUUAGGUUUCCAGGGCGAAGACCCUGUCACGGAUUUGCGAGGAAUGGGGAUUCUGGGUCUUGCUAAUCUUAACUACUUUGCAGCUUCUUACACCGACAAAGCAAAGCAGCUGCUUAUAAGGUCGCACAACCCUACCAUAGGGUAUUCGUUUGCAAUAACUGGAAUUGAUUUGACUAACUUGUGCUACCAGUUGCUGUUGUUCGGCACUUUGAAGCACAUUUUUUACUAUCAAGAAAAAGACAAGCUGAGAAAUGGUGUUGAUUUUUUUGAAGAAUGUUUCGUGCAGAUUUUCGAGCUGUUUGAUGCGUAUUGGAUUGAAAGCAAGCCGGAAUCUAUAAUGGACUAUGGCGUUAUCAGAAAAAGUUUUGAAGAAGAGAUUCGCGCUUCAAUUUUAAGCAGACGAAAGAUUGUCAUGAAAGACGAUCAACUUUAAUCAUAUCUAUUCUCAGAAAAAAACAGGCCUCAGUUUAUAAAUUUAAUGACCAUCAUUAAUUUCUAUUGGUUAGGGAAGCUGAAUGUUUAUCUGUCUUCAAUACAAUACAUUAUUUAACAGGCGUUUACUUGACAUUGUAUAAGAAGUCUCUUUUUUGACUUAAGUGCCAAAUUUUGCAAUGUAGUUAACUGAAUCCAACACAGUUAUUUUUGUUUACAAAUAUAAAUGCGGAGUACG